AUGAAAUUUUCAUCUUGGAGUAAAAUUGCAAUCAUUGCAUCACUUUCAACUGUUGUUGUUGCUAAAUCAUCUCAUAACUUAGUUGAUGCUAAAAAUGUUGUUUUAUCAAGAAGAUCUCAAUUAAGUCAAUUGGAAAAAGUAGGUCUGAAAUAUAAUCUUAAAAGAGAUGAACAUGAAGAAGAAGAGCACGCCCACGAAGAAGGUGAAGAAGAUCAUGACCAUGAAGAAGGAGAAGAACAUUCCGAAACAUUUAACGUUACUGGUUGUCAUAUGCAUGACGAAUCACUUCAUUGUUUAGAUCCAGAUGGAGUAGAAGGUGUUAUAUCUCCAUUACCAACUGAUCCGAAAGAAAGUUAUACUGGCUGUCAUUCACAUGAUACUCAAAUUUAUUGUAUGGAUGGAGAUGAAGAAUAUUUAUUUAUGAGAGAUACUGAUAUUGUUGGUGAUAGUGAAGAAAUUACUUGUCAUUUCCAUGCUGGUAUUGAACAUUGUACUUAUGCUAAUGGUACUGAAGUUAAUUCAUUAGAUGCAGGUUCAUGUGAAAAAAUAGAUAGAGAUUAUAAUAUACCAUUAAGAAUUGGAUUAUUAUUUGUUAUAUUGGUAACUAGUGCUAUUGGUUCAUUUGGUCCUUUAAUGUUGAGAUCUUUGUUCAAGAUUUCAGCUAAUAAUAUUAUUAUUGUAAUUAUUAAACAAUUUGGUACUGGUGUUAUAUUAUCCACUGUUUUUAUUCAUUUGUUAACCCAUUCAUUUUUGUUGUUCUCAAGUUCAUGUUUAACUGGAUUACAUUAUGAACCUACAGCAGCUAUUUAUAAAAUUUUAUCUUCAAGAUUGGAAAAAUCUAAGAGUGCAACAACUGUCACAGAUGAACAUGAUAGUACUGAAAAAGUCCCAAUUGAACAUCAUUCAUCAAAUGAGGAAAUAUUAGCGACUAAUGAACCAUCCAGAUCAACCUAUGAUAAGUUAUCAGUUAUGAUUUUGGAAGCUGGUAUCGUUUUCCAUUCUAUACUAUUAGGUAUUACUUUAGUAGUUGCAGCAGAUUCAUAUUUCAUUACAUUAUUUAUUGUUAUUGUAUUCCAUCAAUUUUUCGAAGGGUUGGCAUUAGGUUCAAGAAUUAUAAUUUUAAAUACUUCCAUAAUCACCAAAAUGAUAAUGGCAUUAAUCUUUGCAUUAAUUACACCAAUCGGUAUGGCUAUUGGUAUUGGUACUUUAAAUAUUUUCAAUGGUAAUGAUCCACUGACUAUUAUUGCUUUAGGUGUGUUAAAUAGUUUCUCAGCAGGUAUUUUGUUGUGGACUGGAUUAGUUGAGUUUUUAUAUAGAGAUUGGUGGUAUAAUUUGAAAAAUGCAAGCUGGAUAAGUACAACUUGUGCAAUGAUUUCUUUAAUUUUAGGAAUGUUUUGUAUGAGUUUAUUAGGUAAUUGGGCUUAA